AUGCGUAACCGCUUCGGACCCGCCGCGGUGUGCAAGUGGACGCAGUUUCGGACCCGUUUCGCGGAUCCGUUCCGGAAGUCGCGGUACCUCCGCUGCGGAUCCGCUACGGAGGCAGAGACAGAGACUGAGGAAGAGGACCAUGAAUAUACAGACCUGCUAAAGAGAGCGAGGUUACGACGGGAGACAUGGCGCCGGGAUGAACUGGCCCGACUCAAAAUUGAGUUGGAGGGCCAAAGCAGGGUCAAGCAACCUGUCCAGAACCCUCCUAGUGACAAGGCAUCUAGAGGGGACAUUGUGGAGAUAGAUCUCCGUAAGGAACUGGCUGCUGUUACGGUCCUUGAAAUCAGGACGGGCAUAGUCUUGAUCAGUCAGAGUGUCAAUGGGACCUCCAAUUAUGUCAUCUGGAAGGGCCUUCGUAAUAUCAUUUCCAACCGCAAGGGUGUGAUGACUACCCUGCAUGAGGGACAGGACCUGCUGGUCCCUUUCAGGCCUCAAGUGAUCAGGCAAGAGCACGUCCGCAAUUUCCUCCGAGUAGGAAAUAGGGAUUUUAUGAGCAUCCUCAAGGAUGUGAAUGCAAACAUGGUGCACAUUGAGGAGAAGGGCGUGCCAGCACUCAUCCUAAAGAGGAGCUCCGACCUGAUGUUUGCUCCAGGUGCACCAGAACCUGCAUCCUGCAGCAAUAAGUUCUUGGUAAAGUCGGGAACGCCUGAGAAAAUUCUCCAGUUCCUGCUCUUCUCAAUGACCCUGGACACUCCAGAUGACCAGAUGGUGGACACUGGGCUGGUGCAGGUCAAAGAGAGAGUAGUGACGCUGGUCCUCCAGUGGGUGACACUGUAUGGCCUUCUCCUGCUGGACAACCCUGCAGUGGUUCUCUUCUUCGAGAAGCUGUCAAGACAGGUGAAGGGCUAUGCACAACUCUGCAUGCUGAGAGAUUACAUCAGGGCAAGGAGACCCAUUUUGCUGAACAAUGGACAAUGGAUGAAGAAUCAGCCCUCAAAUAGGAGACGUGUGUUUAAUCGGCCUCUGGUUUGGAACAUCAACCAAACAACCCAGCCAAUCAGGAUAAAGGACAAAGUGCUGCUAAAUGUCUACAGUCAGGACCACAGCUUUGUGUCUGUGACGAUGCCCCUCCACGCCUCUGUCGAGGAUGUCAUGGCAUCCUUGAAAGCCCCAGCAGGAGACCGCUUGCUAGUGAGGGUGCAGUCCUCUGGAGUGAGGGAGCAGCUCAAGAUGGAUGCCAGGGCCGUCUCCUUUCUGAGCAUCAAUGAGAGGCUGUUCCUCUGCUCUGCCAGCCAGGCUGCUGAGCUGACACCCCUGCAGGAACAGCUCGGCCCAAAGGCAAACACAAACACACUGGAGAACAUGAGUGCUAAGGCCUUGGCAGUCCAGCUCACCAGCUAUGACUGGGAGCUCUUUAAUGCCAUGCAUGAGACGGAGCUACUCUAUUACGUGUUGGGGACAAAAAAAUUCCCCAACAGCCCAACAGCUAACUUGGAGCGCUUCAUACGCCAUUUCAAUGUGGUGGUGUACUGGGUGGCCACAGAGAUCUGUCUGUGUGCAGAGCUCUCCAAGCGAGCGCGGCUGAUGAGGAAGUUCAUCCAGAUGGCCUCCAUCCUAUAUCAUGAGAGAAAUAUGAACUCAUUCAUGGCUGUAAUGUAUGGCCUGACAAACAGUGCAGUGUCCAGACUGCACAACACCUGGAAGAAAGUGCCAAAACUACAGCUGAAGCAGUUCAGGAAAUAUGAGCUCAUACUGGAUCCAUUCAGCAACCAUGGCGCAUUGAGGAAAGUGGUGGCUAAACUGGACCCGCCAUAUAUCCCGUACCUGCCCCUCAUUUUAAAAGCUCCUGAGCAGUUCAACAGCAGAAAACUGCACGUAAUCAGUGACCAGCGGAAGCUGACCCAGCUCUCCAGGGCCAUUGAGCCGUGA